AAAAAUAAUAAAUCUUAUUGUACAAAGCGAGCGUAAUCAUUAAAAAAGAGUUUCUGCGGCGAUUUUUGCUAAUCAUCAGCUAACUUCCUUAUAGUAAAAAAAAUUAACCCUUAGAAAAUAAGUACAAUUCAGUUACGAAUUAAAUUGUUAAUAAUCAAUAUAAUUUAAAUAAAGUGCGCGAUGUGCUUUCGUUUUCUUGCUGGAAUAAAAGCACCUUAAACGGUGCUUGUGUUUUUUCUUCGUGGGCCCGGUUUCAUGGUGAUGCUCUUCCAUCAUGACUAUGUGGCAGAGUGGGAUGGGUGGCCAUGGUGCCCAAAACAAUGCCUGGAUGAAGUUAAUGGGUAUUGUGCACAAGGAGAGACGCCAUCACGACUCUGCGCAAGCCUCCACGGACCGAACACUAAGCCACCCCUUAAGCACUGCACCGUCGCUGCCCAAGCUCAGCAGCCAGGACGAGGACGGGCACACCCCCCACUCCCAGUUCACUGGUGUGGCCCACUUCGAGCCCAUCCCUCACGACCAUGACUUUUGCGAGAGGGUCGUGAUAAAUGUGAGCGGCCUACGGUUCGAGACGCAGCUGCGGACGCUCAACCAGUUCCCGGACACGCUGCUCGGCGACCCGAACCGCAGGAUACGCUACUUCGACCCGCUGCGCAACGAGUACUUCUUCGAUCGCAACCGGCCCUCCUUCGACGCCAUCCUCUAUUACUACCAGAGCGGCGGACGCCUCCGACGACCCGUCAACGUGCCCCUCGAUGUCUUCUCCGAGGAGAUCAAGUUCUACGAACUGGGCGAGAUGGCGAUCAACAAGUUCCGCGAGGACGAGGGCUUCAUCAAGGAGGAGGAGAAGCCGCUGCCCUCGCACGAGUUCCAAAGAAACGUCUGGCUGCUCUUCGAGUAUCCGGAGUCGUCGCAGGCGGCGCGCGUAGUCGCCAUCAUCUCCGUCUUCGUCAUUCUCCUCUCUAUCGUCAUAUUCUGCCUUGAGACGCUGCCCGAAUUCAAGCACUACAAGGUGUUCAACACCACGACCAACGGCACCAAAAUCGAGGAGGACGAGGUGCCGGACAUAACGGAUCCGUUUUUCCUCAUCGAGACCAUCUGCAUCAUUUGGUUCACGUUCGAAUUGUCCGUGCGCUUCCUGGCGUGCCCAAACAAGCUCAACUUCUUCCGGGACGUCAUGAACAUUAUCGACAUCAUCGCCAUCAUUCCGUAUUUCAUCACGCUGGCCACCGUCGUUGCCGAGGAGGAGGACACGCUCAACCUACCGCGGGCGCCCGUCUCACCCCAAGACAAGAGCACCAACCAGGCGAUGUCGCUCGCCAUACUCAGAGUCAUCAGGCUCGUGCGCGUCUUCCGAAUAUUCAAACUCAGCCGGCACAGCAAGGGACUGCAAAUCCUCGGACGUACGCUUAAAGCGAGCAUGCGAGAACUUGGACUGCUCAUAUUCUUCCUCUUUAUCGGUGUCGUGCUGUUCUCGAGCGCCGUCUACUUCGCCGAGGCGGGCUCCGAGAACUCCUUCUUCAAGUCGAUUCCAGACGCGUUCUGGUGGGCAGUGGUCACGAUGACCACCGUGGGCUACGGCGACAUGACGCCUGUGGGAGUCUGGGGGAAGAUCGUCGGUUCGUUGUGCGCGAUUGCUGGCGUACUGACGAUCGCACUUCCGGUGCCGGUCAUCGUUUCCAACUUCAACUAUUUCUAUCACCGUGAGACUGACCAGGAGGAGAUGCAGUCGCAAAAUUUCAACCACGUGACCAGCUGCCCAUACCUGCCCGGAACUCUUGGACAGCACAUGAAGAAGAACUCGCUUAGCGAGUCGUCGUCCGACUUCGUGGAACUGGAGGAGGGUCUGUUGGUGACGCGGGACCAGCUGGCCCGUAAACAGAACUGUAACCCGCGACACAACAAUAACAUCAACGCCAUGAGCAUCGAGACUGACGUCUGACUACAAGAUAACUGAUCGAGUAUCUCUGAAGUAGUAUGAAGUAAUUACCGUAGAGCAGCGUCUCCCAAACUGUGUUCCUCGUUUACUAAAGUAAAGAGUUAAUAAGAUUAAUAUUUAUUUCUCAAAAACAUAAAGUAAAUUUUCAAACAGGUUUGUUCCGUUACUUUUAUUGCUAAUUUAUGAAAUUUUUAUGAUUAAAUUCUUAAAAAUGGAUUAUACACAGAUUCUUAAACUUAAUCACGGAAAAUACCUAACCUAGAAAUUUUGCAAAAAAUUUUUCAUAUAACUAACACGUAUAGGUACACUUAAAAAAAUAUUGAAAACGAGAUCGGCCUCACUUCGGCAAUGUAAGUAUUUGAAUCCAAUGUGAUAUAGUUUGCCAGAUAGAUGUUGAUGACUAAUAUUAUUAACAACUAUAUGAUUAAAAUUAUCUAGUUCUCAUUCCCAGUACUUUCAUCUUCUUGAAACUUGGUUCUGUCUACUAAAAAGUGAGAAGUAACAGUUAAGAAGUAACAUAGUGUAAUAAAACUUUUUAUUUUAGAAUUUACGGUACAAUUCUGCCAAUUUCCUUCUUGACUAUAUUUAUUGCUCUCAGAAAUAAUUAACUAUUUAAAAUUCACCUGAAAUCACCUAGUGGACUUUCUAAGUUUAAAUAAGUGUUUUUCUAAGUUAUCUGACAAAACUACUACGUCCCAAUGAUAAACUUUUUCGCUUGUUUUUUGUGAGUUUGCCUUGUUAACCUUUUACUCUGUAGUAAUUGGGCGUUAUUUUUGUAGAACACCAUAUACUUCUUGUAUAGUUGAACAAAUGAGUGAAAUUCCAGCUACUUUUACUUUUCUACAACCUACAGUCUGAUGGUCGUUUAUUUAUAAAUUCACUUUAAUUACUGAAUACCACAUAAACCAAUAUCGCUUCUGCUCACAUUCAGUAUCUAAUUCACACUAAACUAGUGUUAAUGGACUAAAGUAGAUUCUAAAAAAAAAUUACUACAUUACCCUAUGACUUGAACCGUGUGGUCGAAAGUAAUUUGUAUUCAUUGCACGGUUUUGAAAUCGCUUGUAACUUUACUUACCCUGAUCGAAUUCUCCACGGUUUUUGAUAUAAUAAAUCAUAUAGUUUUAAUCACAUAAUUGCUAAUAAUAUUAGUGAUCAACAUCUAUCUGGAUAUUAUAACAACACAUUAUAAUUUUGUGAAACACUGGUAGUCAGUAUGCUGAUGGUAUACAACUAUAUUAUGUUCGUCCCUAAGAACCGAUUUUAGUUCAGUGUGGACCCCUCUAAACAGAAUUUCAGACAUUUAGGUCAACAAAAUAAAAACAAUUCUUCGUUGAAGAUUUCUUACAUAUCACGGAUUUGAUAAGAUUGUUUAGCACCACUGAGUUUAUUAGAAAGCAAGAGAGCAAUCGUUUACCGAUCAUGUUAAUAAUUUUACAAGAGGUAUACAGUCUUGCUACAAAAAUUUAAAUGUUAUAAGUACUCGGAAGAAUUUAUGAUUCUGUUUAUCAAACUCUAUUAUCGUACUGAUGAAAGUAAAAUUCAAUAGAUCCAAAAUUCAUGCAACCGUUUGAUACUAGAUCUAAAGAAGUCUCAUUAUAAAAUGGACACAUCUAUGGUUAAGCUGUUCUCUCCUUUCCGGUAUUUCUUUUCAACCUGGCCUUUUUCUCUUUUCUGUCGCUGCAUAGCAUGGCAUACUAAGUAAGAAUUUCUGCAGCUAAAUUCGUACAGCCACAUUUUAUGAUUACAAGACUCUAAAUCUCGAUUACACCAAAUUAUAAAGAAACCUAAGACCAAGAUGAUAACUUUCUGUUUGUGAACAAUAAAACAUCUGACCAGCAUACAGGCAUUUUACUAACUAAGAUAUUAGUAGCCUUGUCCACCAAUAUAUUGAAAUUAUAUUCCUAAAGACUUCUUUUCACAACCAACUAUGUAUUUAGCAAUUUCCUAGUGUUGAAAUACAUGUUGUGUUUAACCACAAAUAUACGUAACUUUACCUCAGAUUUGUGUGUUAGAAGUAUACCGUAUUUUGGUAUAAAUUACCGUGCAUAUUCAGUAAUUAACGUCCGGUUAGCAACACCGCACUGAGCAUAUAAUAUGAUGCUUUGUAUAUUCCGGUCCGCUGCUUUUCAAAUUAAAACAUGAUUUAGAACUAUGCUGCAUAUAGUACAUUGAAUAUUUCUACGUUAUGUUCAUAAGUUUGAUACAAAUUCGAAAUAAUUAUUUAAUAAAUGUGAUUUUAAAACAAAUUUUUAAUUUAGUAAAAUUAAAUUCGUGAUAUUUGAAAGGUUUACUUGAUGGACAGCAUCUUUUGUAGUACCUAUUCUCAAUAAUCAUCUUAUCCAUCAUUAUGGACGACAACUCGAAUUUCAACUUUUUUUAUAUACUUCAAUACACUAUCCGCAAAGACUUAGUGUUCUUCAAUAGUAAUAGUUUCAAUAGUGUUCUUGAAUUGUUCUAAAGAACCUGCUUAAAACCGCUUUGAUAGUCAGAGGGAACGCAAUUAAUUGGAAAAAUGAACAUCCCAUCAUCCAUCUCGGCCUUAGAUUAACCAUACAAGAAGAUUUAGGUUAUUCACCCGCAAAAUUACUUUACGGUCAACCUUCUCCAGAUUAACUUACGCAAAGUAUUACAAAUUUAAACCCAGCCGCAAUGCGUCAUCAUUCCCUCGUAAAACCUUUCGUUCAUAACGAUUUAGAGAACUCAGUUUUCGCUUUCGUUUGUUUAAAAGGCAAGAAACCCAUUAAAAGAUAUCCUAAAAUACAAACUUUUCAACAUAAUUUCUCGACCCGCUUUAGGACCAAACUCAUUCUGUGGUAAAAAAAACGCAUUUAGAUGUUAUUCGCACAUAGACGAAAUCAAUAGAAUGUCAUAUGUAAGCAAAAUCUCCAAUGUCAAUAAAUCUCAAAUCUUGUGAACAUUGUCUGUUACUUUGACCAUGUGAUCAAUUAUAGAAGUUAGAUAAUUAGCAAAAGUUUAUAAUUUACUCCAUAUGAUUCUUCCAAACUAACUCGACAGUUUCCAAAACGUAAGAACGUUCUCAAUUUCAAUAUCUUUGGAUUUAUGCUCUCUUGAUUUACUAUAAUCUUUAUAUAGACCAACCUACUACAUUAAAAAUGUUUAUCGCAUCACAAUUCUUAGCCACUAAAAAUUUUUAACUUAUAAAAUCCAUCAUAUUCAAUGUUGUUAUUAAUAAAGUAAUCCUCAGGUAGUUGUUAUUUUAUCCAUAACUUUGAUAAUUUAUCUGCCAAAAGAUUGGUUUUGCCUUAAUAUAUAUAGUCUUUCCAAUAUUGCAACCUUUUGCAGAGAUCUUUGCAAUUUUCUAGAUGGCAUUCAGUAACGCUGGGUUAAUGCUCAUUUACUUUAAUAACGAUAAUAUUUUCUCUAUAUCCAACAAAUCACAAAGUGCCAUUUCAACCACGUAUGUUCAUUUUCUAGAUAUUUAUUUUUCUCAUAUUUUACACUGACUGCUUAUUUUGAUAUUUGUAUUGAAUACCAAGUCUUCUAAGAUACCAUCCGUAAGAAACUAUGACCAGCAUAAGAUUGAAUGUUUUAAUUUUUGCUUCACCUUUCACUCCUGGUUAAUGAGUUCGUGAACCAAAUUGUUCUAUCCUUUGCUAACAUAAACCAGUUGGUUACCAAUUUCCACUUAAUGGUCGUUGUUCAUACCGAUCAAUCGUUUCUUUAUCAGACGUUCACUAACAUUAGCAACCAUAUCAACAUUAGAAGGCACACAGAUACUUAUAGUGGCACUUAUGGUGCAUACUUACAAAUUAAGGGUGGUGGGAUACAGCAUACCCCAGUUGUAUACCUACACAACUUACUUUUCUGCCGCUAUUAAAAAAAUAUAUAACGCUAGCAGUAACAUAUACUGAAAUAUUUGGAAAAAUAUGAUGGUAUAUAUUGUCAUACCCCAUCUCACUGUAGUUGUGUCUGUAGUGCAUUUAUUUUUCCGGGUUAUCUGUCCCUGAUUGUUCAAUUUGUUUUUCUUAAUCUUCUUUCUAUUACUUCUAUUACUUUUUAAUUUUCACUACUGUACAUAAAAACGGGACCAUGUUCUAAACUAUGAGAAAGAAGAAGACAACAAGACUACUGUACUUACUAGACUAGUUUGGGAAACGCUGCUUUAGGAAACUUAACAAGUUACGAGUUGCUUAAUCAGUUUCCUGAAUUGUAUUAAUUUGGUUUUGGAAAGUAUCCCCCAUAUAAUAUUCACCUAUAUUUCCCAAAUCUCGAAGUGAGGUCAACCGUAUCCACUUCAAAACAAUUUGAUUUCAAUACUUCCUAUUAACCUACAUUUUUCCUUAGUGCUGCCCUCCUUAGGUUUAGCUAGUAAGUAGUUGAAUUAUGAAUGAUCGUUUAGAUGUGGAUUGGUACAAAUUCAAAUAUCGACCAUCGAAGAAAUAUAAAAAUGUUAUUCUUAAGUUUGAAUCAAAAGCAUUCCAAAUUUCUUCCUCUGCAAGUAAAAGGAACCACACCUGAAAGAAGUGAGAGUUUAUACAAAUUUUGCAGCUCUGUGAACCUGGAACCCGAGUUUACGAUAUUUUGGUUUUAUUAGUACCAUUCAAUAGAGAAUCGCUUGUACUCGUUUGUACCACCUUUAAUUUCGUUUGUACCUCAGGACCUAACGAGAUAAAAAAAUUUUGAAAAAUUGCUGGAACUCCACUUUUUGAUAUUCUAAUUUUAUUAAUACCAUUCGGUAGAAAAUCGUUUGUACCCGUUUGUACCACCUUCGAUUUCAUUUGUACCUCAACCGGUUCCAAAAUACAGCGAUUUUUUGAUUUUUCA